CGGGGCGCGGGACGCGGGACGCCGGGCGCGGGACGCCGGGCGCGGGACGCCGGGCGCGUGGCGCGGCGAUGGCUCUGUCCGAGGCCGACCGGGCGGCGGUGCGCGCGCUGUGGAGAAAGAUGGGUGACAACCUGGGCAUCUACACGACCGAGGCUCUGGAGAGGUCCUUCGCGGUCUUCCCCUCCACCAAGACCUACUUCCAGCACCUGGACCUGAGCCGCGGCUCCGCCCAGAUCAAAGCCCACGGCAAGAAGGUGGCCGACGCGCUGACCGAGGCCGUGGGCAGCCUGGACGACCUGCCCGGCGCGCUGUCCUCGCUGGGCGACCUGCACGCGCGCCGGCUGCGUGUGGACCCCGCCAACUUCAAGGUGGGCGCGGGGCGCGGGCCGCUCCCGGGCGCCGGGGCCCGUGGGGAGUGGCGCUCGCCAAGGCUCCUCUCCCCGCAGCUCCUGGGCCACUGCCUGCUGGUCACCCUGGCCCGGCACUACCCCGGCGACUUCAGCCCCGCCAUGCACGCCUCGCUCGACCGGUUCCUGGGCUGCGUGUUCGCGGCGCUGCUCUCCCGCUACCGCUGAAUAAAGAAAGACGCGGAGGUGCAGCCGGCCCGUCUGUGCUGCGAGGCGCGGGGA